UUUGAGCUUGCGUGCGCUUCUAGCUGGACAUAGUCGACUGUUCAAAAUUACUAGGCGGAUUUAACGAAAUUUCCGCGUCGACAAAAUAUUUGCGCGUUGCAGCUCCUUGAUAUUCCGGUUUGGUCUUCUGCCGAAUUGCGUCGGCCCUUUUCUUCUUAAUUUCGAGUGUUCGCGAAUCGAGGUCGCGUGUUUUACGAGAACGACAGAUACAAAAUAUAGCGAAACAUUCAGCUCCUGUAAUAUUCAAAAGGAUCGGUCGAGGGGAACACGACGGUGAAACAUCGGAAGUAACGAGGCGGACUUCGAACUAGUGCAUCGACAAUCGCAGCGCGUAAGAAAAUAGAGAAGAGGAAUUGAGAGAGAAGGAAAUUGAUUGUAUUCCAAGAAAAUUCUCUUUACAAGUGAGAAUAUGCAUGAUUAAAUCAAGAUACAGUCAGUUAAAAAUAUUAAAAAAAAGGGAGAAGUACUGAACAAGAGGAGAGAAGCGCGUAAUGUAUAAGAGUGAGAGAUAAAAUAAAACUGUAAGAAUAAAUAUUUAAGAGAUUAAUUUGUCUCUCGGGAUGAAAAAAUUUAAUCAAACAAAUAUGCACAUGUGAUGAGUGUAUUUGGUAUAAAAUGUAAGAAGGAAAUCUCAGAGUUACUUACGCACCAAUAAAAGACGGGAUUGUAACAUUGUGAGACACAUUGAUCCUCGAUAUAAAAACGAACGUUUAUUUUAGAUAAAAGCAAAUUGGUUGUAUUUUAGAUAAAAGCAAUUUGCUUUCGCAAACACAGAAUCUCGUUAACGAAGCGCGGAAUCAAAAAGAAAAAAGAACAGUCUAACAUAAAAGCAGACGGCUUCUUCGGGUUAUAUAGGCGGCACGCGAGUUUCUCUUCGCACAGGAAUGCAGGAUCACGAUGAAUUUUACAAAACUCUGUGUUCGUCGGAGACUCUGCGCUUCGGCAAGAAGGGAUUCUUCCACGAUUUCAGUGAGUUCGUGAUGCAAACCGCGGGCGAUAGCUGGACGUCGAAGAUAUUCGGCCGGAUCGAUGACGACGAGGAACGGGUAAGGGCGGUUUUCGUCGACGCGAAAGUGAAGGACGUCGUCGCCGACACGCUCGCAAAGGUGAAGCUCCUUUUCAGAGACAAGGAUGCGGAGAUAUCUAGACGUCGACGACUCGAAGGAUACCAGCUCGCUGCCGUUGGUGAAUACGACAAGGCCCUCUUGCUGUUCAGCCAGGCUGUACUACGUGCUCCCCUACCAGGUAAAAACAAGACGGUUGAUCAGGGUCUGUCGUUGCCUCUGGCGCUGCUCGGAAGAGCCGAGAUCUUUAUGGCUUUGAAAGAAUACCAUUUCGCGUUAGAAGAUUUACAUCUGGCUGCUGAAUACGACUUGCCAGAUAAAUCGUCAGAGGAGCUUCGGCGCAGAAGAGAAGAGUGCGAGCGAAUUCUAAGAGACAAUGAGAGUUCUCUGGUGCCGAUUGAUCUAGCUGCUAAAAACAUCAAUAGAUUGGUUCAAUCGAUCUCAGAUCAAAAAGGCGGCGACGGCGUACCGUUAAAUGGCGCCGUUAAUUCUGAGCUUCGCUGGUUGUCGGACGCCCUGGAAAUCCGUGAGACCGCGGCAGCGGGUAAACACGCCGUUGCAACCGUGGAAAUACAUCCGGGCGAUAUCCUGGUGAUUGAGCCACCGCUGGCAGGUUGUCUUCUGCCGGAGUUUUAUGGCACCCAUUGUCAGCAUUGUUACGCGAGACUAAAAGCACCGGUUGGAUGUCCGAAUUGUAGUAGCGUCGCUUUUUGCGGCAGAAAAUGCAGAGACGUCGCAAUAACAACCUAUCACAAGUAUGAGUGUAAGAUCCUGGGACUUCUAGUCGGCUCCGGCAUGAGUGUACUCAGCAUGGUCGCCUUUCGGAUGGUGACGCAGGAGAGUCUGCGGAAGUGUUUGAAGAUCUACAAGGAGUUAAAGAAGAACGAUGAGAAGACCGCAACGUCGUCUUCGACAACAGCAUUGAACGAUGACGCGAAGUCAGUAAACAGCAGGUCGGCCAAGAGAAGAAUCAGACGAAAGAAAUUGAAGGAAUCUAUACGAAGCCAGGAAGCCAUAAACACAAAGAAACAAGAAAACACAGAAUCACACGAAAACGACGACGGGGUCAUCGAUAUGGCGCCUUAUAAUCUGGUGACACACGCAGACAAACGCUCGAGUAAGGAUUUCCUGGAGAGAUCGUUGAUGGCAGCCUUUCUGCUGAAAUGUCUGCAGAGGAUCGGCUUCUUCGCGUGCCCCACGCCGGACGACGAGGUUCCGGGCACUGAGGAGAUCAUCGUGGCCGCCCUGCUACUAAGGAACCUGCAGCUGCUCCAAUUCAAUGCCCAUGAGUUCUUCGAGACGCGGUUGAACGAGAAGCAUCGAUUCCGCGGCAGCCGGCCGGUUUAUCUCGGUGUGGCGAUUUAUCCCACUGUCGCCCGUUUCAAUCAUGACUGCUAUCCUGCAGUGACGAGAUACUUCGACGGCCGACAUAUCGUAAUAAGGGCCAUUCGUAGUUUGCGUCUUGGUGACGUUAUUGCCGAAAACUACGGACCGAUAUUCACGAAGAGAACACUCGCCGAGCGUCAAAGGACACUAGCAGGAAGGUACUGGUUUCGGUGUACAUGCAAAGCCUGCGAAGAGAACUGGCCAUGCUUUGAGAAUCUGACGAACGAUUCUGUCAGGCUGAGAUGUCCUACGGCAGGAUGCAAUGGACUGCAUUCGUGUGUACAGCAACGGUCGAAGCUGAUAAAAUGUGCGAGCUGUCAAAAGAAAAUCUGCUUGGAGGAUCAGCUCGCGUGCCUGCGAGAAUGCGAGGAGCUCUACGAACGUGGUUUGGCUAGUAUGGAGGACGAGAGAGUGGACGAGGCGAUUGAGACACUGUGCUAUGCUCUGAAGAGAUUUCACCAAGUCGCCUGUCCACCGCAUCGAAGCACACACCUGGCCGAAAUUGCUUUAAGCUCCUGUCUAGCCGAUUGCGGAAAUACUUGGAGACCUGCUUUGAAAGAGCGCACAGCAGAUGCAAGAACGGAUUCUAUAGUCAUGCGGAAAUGAUCGACGCAGUAUUUGUAGUCUACAUGUGUUUUGAAAAGACGAACGCAUUUCAUUUUGAAUCAAUCUGUUUGAUAUUUUAAUUGAUAUGUUACAUAUGUACAAUAUAUGUACCUAGUAUAUACGUACUAUUGUAUACAUAUAUGUAUUGUGCAUAUAAGUCAUAAUACAUAGCGUUUUGUAAGAGAAUUUUAUCACGUUCUAAAAUCUCUUCUAAUUAUUCAAAUUGUAAUGUCUUCAUUCAAUAGUUGAGUUUAUUAAAGUAA